ACCCUUUAGAGAACUGGUCUUAUUAUUAAGUAUUAGACUAUUAAGUGAAUUUUUCACAAUUUUCGAAUGUAUUUGUGUAUGUAAAAGUUUUCCAUUGAGAAAAUAGUUUUUACCUAAAUGAAAUUGAAUUAUUUUCGUGUCGAUAAGAAAGGUUAUAAAGGUUAGUUUAAUCUGAAAGUCAGAGGUCUCUUCGUACAAUCAGUCGUUAAGUACGUUGCUUAGAUCCCAUAUUUUCUUUGAAUACUAGUGGUGUAACAUAAAACGUCAAAAGUUCCAUGGCUCAUAGAAAAAGAAGAAAUAAAUUAUGGAAAACAUUAAAUACCAGAAACGCGUCGCAAAAUCAAACCGCAUCAACGCCUACUAUAGUUGUGAAAAGAUUUGUGACUUGUUCAGUUCAAACUGAUGAAGAAAUGCCAAUGACUUCGAAGAAAAGAAUUUUUGGUUUACAAGAUUUGGAAUCUGUGGCACGAAUAACCAAUCUUCCUAUUGUGGAGACAGGAUGGAGUUAUGCCGAAGGCUUCUACAGUAAAAUUAAAAAUUCUAAUUCUUUAAUACAUUGGACUUUGGAUUCAGCUGAACAUUCAGCCCAAUCAGUUCUUGAAGCUGCUUCACCUGCUAUGAUUUUAUUAAAAGGACCGAUUACUUCAAUUGAUCAAAUAGUUUGUAGAAGCCUGGACAUCGUUGAGCAAACCGUGCCAUCCAUUAAUUUGCCACCAGAAAUGAUUUAUUGGAACACAAAACAAUAUAUGGCGGAAGUUGGAACCAAAAUUGCUCAACCAGUUUUAAAGAGGGCAGAUUCAGUUAAACAAAUUGGAAAUACUGUACUUGCCAGUAAAUACACGGCUUUUGCUGCAGAUACAUUGGACGGAGCUCUGAACGUAGCUGAAAAAUAUGUUGACAAAUAUUUACCAGAUGAAAACGAUAAAACCCCUGAAGACGUUAAAAGUAAUACAGAAGAUGGCCCAAAAGGUAAGGCAAUCCAUACUAUGCACCACGCUGACAGAUUCUCAAGAAAACUGAAACGACGAUUAACCCAAAGAACUAUUGCUGAAGUCAAAGCCCUCAAGCAACAGAGCGCAGAAGCAGUUCAUGUCCUUACUUACGUCAUUGAAUUGAUUGCAACAGAUCCAGUUUUGGCAUAUCAAAAAGGAAAAGAACUGUGGGCAAGUUUAAGUAAAGAUGAGCCUGAAAAUCAGGCCAGACCAGAAAAUUUGGAGCAACUGAUAGUUCUCCUAUCUAGAGAGUCUGCUAGAAGAGCUGUGCAUAUGAUUAACUUUACAAGUAGGAUCAUUGGUAAAGUACCGAAACGAGUAUCAUAUUCAAUCAGUUCUUUAGUACAAAAAUUAUGGAACGCAACUGACUCUGCAGUCAAGAUUUAACCGUUUUCAAAUCGCGAAUUUAGUUGUUAGCUACAGAAAAUAAAAAAGAGAGGUUUUCCUUUUAUAAAAGCCUUUAAUAGAGACUUAAACUAAGGACCAACGAUGAACAACUACAAGACUAAUUUUGUGUGACAAAAAUGCAAACUUUCACGGUGUUAUUCAUGAAGUUGUCAAAUUGUUAUUAGAAAGUAUGGAAGAGUUUUGGUACAAGGAUUAUUUAUGUUCAUAUAUCAAAUCAGAUCAGAUCAAGAGCUCAAUAGGCGGUUUAGCUGGAUGUCUCUUUAUUAGUUUAAUUUUGUCUUUUUACUAUGCCUAAUGAUGGUCACUGACCGAAACUAGUCGCUUUCCUUGUUUUCAAUAACAAUAAAUAAUUUUUGUGGUCAAGACUUAGAGUUUAUCUUUUCCUUUACGGAUAUACCACAUUUGAGAUAUGGAUAACCUUUUUAUUCUGUAAAAUUUUUAGUUUGAAAUAAAUUAAGUUUACCGAAAAUCAGCGUAACAAUAUUAUAUACGAGAACAUUCAAAAGGUUCAACUCAUGUGACAGAUGAAAACAAGGAGUUAGACUCUAGAGUUUUGUCGUUCACUGCUGGUCUUCAUCGACCAUAUGAUGUAAUAGGGUAUCUUGACAUCGAGAGGGAGAUGCAUUGGGGCAUUACGAGAUCGGGGAAUUGGUGACAUGAUGGCCCUCAACGACAAUAAGACGCAUUGGGAAAUUUGGGGACAUACUAUCACCGGAUAAGGUGACAGAUAACGUACUACACAGUUGAGAGGCGACAUGUCAUACAUCGUCCAAAAUAUUGAUAAAGCAAACCUGAAAAUAAGUCAUUUGUAACUAUUUUUGAUAUGCAAAAUUGGGAUUGGUAGACGUGUCUUUUGCACUCACUAAACUGGCGGAGAAGCAGG